GCAGCAAACUUGGCUCUGUUUACUCGGAAAGAACAGAAAUGCGACGGAGGGAAAGAGGAUGGCGUCCUCUAGGCUCUGUCCACUUGCCCCUUGUUUAUUUAGAUGGAUACAAAUAUUCAAUUAAAAUCUAAAAAUAAGAAAAUAUGUAUUUUAGGGAGAAAAAUAAGAAAAUAUAUAUUUUUUUUAGUGAAAAGCUCAAUUAAGGGGGAUUUCCCAAUAUGAAUACUUCAAGACCGGCCAAUUAGUGGCUCGCCUUAUUUUUAGUUAAAAUUGCUCAUAAUUGAGCCAGUUUAGUGGAUGCCGUAAUAUAACGUGGAUGCGCCGAGGAAUUUAAUCGCACUGUUUGCGAAUUAAUUAGAAUGGAUUAUCAUCUCCGCUCCUCCCUCUCGCCGCCGCCGACUGCGAAAGUGAAGCACCACCACCGCCAUUCUCUCACCUCAUGCUUUCGAUUCGCCUCCUGCGACGGUGGAGAGCCGGUGGAAUCCCCCCGUCAUUCACGGACAUUCCAUCCCAAGGUGCAUUUCUGCUUCGGCGGGGGAAAGCACCGGCGGCGCCACUCGUCCGGGUUCAGGUACGAUGCCCUCAGCUAUGCUCUCAAUUUCGACGAGGGCUCCGACGAUGAUUCCCCCACCGGCGAUGAACUCCUCCGGAUCCGCAGCCACUCGUCCAGGCCCCAGGCAUUGUCGCCGCGCGACGGCCUUGACGGGUUUGAUGACCAAUCCAGGAUCCGUGGAAAUGUGAACAAGGAUGUGCCCCUCCGUCUCUCCUAAUUCCUGCAUUUUCCGGUCUGAAUUUUUUACCACAAUAACUUUGAAUUAAUAUGCUCAUAGUACGGAGCGUUCGGAUCUGCCUUCUACUCUUCCCCAUUUCUCCCUGUUUCCAUCAUAAACUACAUUAGGCUGUAAAUGAAGAUAUUAGAUAUAUAUAAGAAAAUUUGACUCAUUAUGCAUGUCCUCAUUUGAGUAAGUUCUUUCUAAGAACAAGAUUCAUUUGCAUGAAAAGGGAAAACCAUUUGCUAGGUAUAAAUAAAUUUCUACCACUCACAUAUAA